AUGGCAGAGCUGGACAUGGCCCAACUCACCAUCAUGGGCCUCGCCACCAUCAUGACGCUGCUGUCGGUCGUGAUCUUCGUGGAAGAGGCUUUCUACCUCACCCGCAAGAUCCGCUGCCCCAUCAAGAUGAAGACCCUCCUCUGGAGCAGCCUGGCCCCUACGGUUGUGUCUGUAGUCAGCUGCUUCGGGCUGUGGAUCCCACGCUCCAUGAUGGUGGUGGAGAUGGCUACUACGGUGUACUUUGCCAUCUGCUUCUAUCUCCUGAUGCUGGUGAUGGUGGAGGGCUUUGGGGGGAAGGAAGCAGUGCUCAGCACCCUGAAGGACGUACCCAUGGUGGUCAGCACUGGGCCCUGCUGCUGCUGCUGCCCCUGCCUGCCCCGAAUCACCAUGAGCAGGAGAAAGCUUCAAGUGCUGAUGCUGGGGACUUUCCAGUAUGCCUUCUGCAGGGUGGUUGCCGUCUUCCUGGGGCUGGUCCUCACUGCCGACGGGAACUACAACCCCGCUGAUAUCUCGGCGGAGAGCGUGGCCCUCUGGAUCAACACCGUGGCCGGUGCCUCCACCCUCUUCGGGCUGUGGGCGCUGGGCAUCCUCUUCCGGCAGGCCCGGCUGCACCUGACGGAGCAGAACAUCAAGGCCAAGUUCUCCUGCUUCCAGGUCCUCCUCCUCCUGACGGCACUGCAGCCCGCCAUCUUCAGCAUCCUGGCCAACAACGGCAACAUCGCCUGCUCGCCACCCUUCUCCUCCAAGGCCAGGUCGCAGCAGAUGAACAUGCAGCUGUUGAUCCCACAAACCUUCAUCUUGGUGGUGCUGACGCGGAUGUACUACCGCAAGCAGGACGACAAGCCGGGCUACCAGCCUGUCAGCUUCGCACCCGCAGGCAGCAACGCCAAGGCGUGA